AUGAACGAAAUGUAUGAAAACUUGUUAUCAGCAAGUAUUCGUGCAAUUUUAAGUGAUAAAAGUGUUUGUUUUCGUGAUCGUCAUACCGCCGUAACUUUUUUUCAACCGUCAGAAUGUCUCGGGACAGGUCCUCGAAGCGGUUCUACCGCGCUGAAUCUACACACGAUCUGUUGUCUUACAUGGACAAGGGCCAGGCAGCCAGCAGUGAGAACAGAUGGACCUUCGAAACGGCUUGGGAAGUCGCCAAUAAAGUUGGUGGGAUCUACACUGUGA